AUGGCAGAGAAGAUCAUCUGCAGCGCAAUCAUCCAAAUGCAAGACAUAGACUAUAUUACAGAGCACUUCCAAACAGCUCUCUAUUUCUCAUGUUCAGCUUUGAAAGAUGGUCUCAAAUUGAGACUCUCAAUGUUUAUAAUUCUUUAUGAUUCUGGCCAAACCGUUGAUUUAUCACAUAUAGAGAGAAUAGAGAAGCCCUUCCGGCGAUCGGGAUUCAUAUCGAGUCAAUCGUAUGAUAUGUUUGCGAGUGAUAGAAGUGACGACCGGAUCGAUGGCUCACCUUUUCAUCACAUGCUUUAUAAUAAUCAUAAAAUUGAACCAUAUUUUGAUAGCACUGUGCUCUCCACUAAUGUCACCAUUUCUGAGGGCUCAGCCGCCACUUAUCUUCCCUGUCGUGUCCAUCAAUUAGGCGAUCGCACCAGGAUAUAA